AUGCCCUCCCUCGCAAACACCCUGAAAGACCCCACCCUAUUCAUCGAAAGUUCCUACAUUGAUGGGAAAUGGGUAACUUCGUCCUCGUCCAGAACCUUCAACGUCUACGACCCUGCUACUGAAGAAUUCAUCGGGACCUGUCCCGAGUCUAAUAUCGACGAUAUCAACUCAGCCAUUCGCGCCGCCGCAACGGCAUUCCCAAAAUGGCGCGCUCUCUCGGGCAGACAGCGCGGCAGGAUCCUUCGCCGAUGGUUCGAUCUGAUUGUCGAGAACAAAGAGGAUAUUGGGAAAAUCAUUACCGCGGAGAAUGGGAAAGCGAAGGGCGAUGCGGAGGGCGAGGCACUGUUUUCUGCGGGGUUCUUUGAGUGGUUCUCUGAAGAGGCAGCGAGGAUUUAUGGCGAUGUCGUUCCGCAUAGUAACCCGAGCAGUCGGGUGCAGGUCCUCAAGGAGCCGGUUGGUGUGUGUGGAUUGAUUACGCCGUGGAAUUUUCCUAUGGCGAUGGGGGCGAGAAAGGUUGCUGCUGCUUUGGCGGCCGGGUGUACAGUGGUCUUGAAGUCGGAUGGACUGACGCCGUACUCGUCGAAUGUUUUGGCGCUGCUUGCAGAGAGGGCAGGUGUGCCGGGUGGUGUGUUCAAUGUGGUGACUGCCCUUGAGAAUACGCCGGCGUUAGGGCUGGCGCUGUGCGAGUCGGAUAAUGUGAAGAAGAUUUCGUUUACUGGGUCAACACGAGUCGGCAAGUUGCUGAUGAAGCAGUCAAGUCAUACGCUGAAGAAGUUGAGCUUGGAGCUUGGAGGGAAUGCGCCGUUUAUCGUGUUCGAUGACGCUGACCUCGAGACUGCCGUAACAAGUGCCGUUGCUUGUAAGUUCAAGGUGACUGGGCAGACUUGCGUGUGCGCGAACAGGUUUUAUGUACAGGAGGGCAUCUACGAGGCCUUCAGUAAGCGCUUCGUCGAGGAGGUGAAAAAGUGCCAGGUUGGCCAUGGACUAGAUCCUGGAGUGACACACGGACCCUUGACCAACGGCAUCGCGAAGACGCAGGAACACAUUCAAGACGCUCUUAACAAGGGGGCUACUGUGUUACUUGGUGGCAGCCGCCUGCCGUCCCUUGGCAAGAACUUCCACGAACUUACCAUCCUCGGCGACGUCGACGAUUCCAUGAAGGUUGCUAGCGAAGAGACAUUCGGGCCCCUCGCAGCGCUGUCCAAGUUCAAGGCAGAGGAUGAGGUUGUUCGUCGUGCGAACGGCGUCGAGGUUGGUCUGGCAUCGUACUUAAUCACCAGUGACCUGGGUAAAGCGCAUCGGGUCUCAGAAAAGCUGGAGUUCGGCAUGGUAGCCAUCAACACCGGGGUUAUUUCCGACUCUGCUGCCCCGUUUGGUGGAGUCAAGCAUUCUGGUAUGGGCCGCGAAGGAAGCAAGUACGGCAUUGACGACUAUUUGAACAUUAAGACAAUUGUCACUGGCGGCAUCCACACAGCGUACUCAGCUCAUCUGUAG